AUGGCGGAGGAGGAGGUUAGCUACGCUUCGGUUGUAUUCAAAAGUAACCAACAUCCUCAAUCCCAAGCUGAAAAGGAGGAAACUGUGUACGAUGAGGUGAAGGGGCGGAGUGAAACAAUUGAACUAACUGCUGACACAAACGCAGAAUUCUACCAAGACAAGAAAGCAAACAACAGAUGUUGUAAUGUCCAGUAUCAGCGGCUGGCCUGUUGUUUGGGGAUUCUUUGUGUCAUUCUGCUGUCCGUCAUCAUAGCAGUCGUCGUCUACCACCAAAGCAAGAUCACAAACCUGACUGAAGACGUCCAGCAGCUGGAGACCCAAAACCAGCAGCUGGAGACCCAGAGGAACAACUUAACAAAACAAAUACAAGACCUGGAGACAAACUGGAAUAAACUCAACGUCAGUCGAGCUCAGUGGAGCAUUGAUGCCUACUGCCCCAAAGAUAAAGGGAGACGGUGUAAAGCCUGUCAGGAGGGAUGGGAACUCACCGGGCGCAGCUGCUAUGAGGUUCACAAUGUUGUUCCUUCUGAUCGGAAAACCUGGGAAGAAGCUCAAGAAGACUGCAGAGGAAAGAGUUCAGAUUUGGCUGUUUAUACUGAAGAGGAACAUGGUGUAAUCAGUAAAUACAGCGUGGGUAGUUCAGGAACUGAUGGAUACUGGAUUGGUCUGAGAGCUGAAGGUGGGAGAUGGAAGUGGGUCGAUGAAAGUGAUCCAAAUAUAACUGACUGGACACAACACAAUCCUCCUACUGACGGUCAGUGUGUAAUUUCUGCCUCUGACAUUGGAUGGAGCUCAGUGAGCUGUACUAAGAAAAACCGAUGGCUCUGCAAAAUGAAGGCUUUAUCUGUUUAAACACAGCAAUCAGACUCUGCAUGAUAAUAUCAACUGGCUUAUAAAUAUCAAUUAUGUGUUUGUGCAGUGAUUACAUGUUUUAAACCAGAUUGAUGAAAGGGA